GAGUGGUAGUGAGGGUAAAGUAAAGUGGGGGAAAAGUCUUGAUCUGGCUUCACUGAUCGAACAUUAUCUGUGAAGAACGUAAGGUUCUGAAAUGAAAGAAAAAAAGGAAAUUGUUGCCUUAUUGCUGUUAUUUCUUGUAAAUGUCGCGUUUAGUGACACAUUUUUUAGCACUAUAAAUAGAGAAGAUCCGUGCGUUAGUUUGUGUGAAAAAUUACCACUGUCUUUUACGAAUAUAAAAUAUAUUAAAUCGUGUUGUCAACGAGGAUGUAGAUUUUAUAAUCUAGUGGACUUAUACGUAUUUGAACAAAAUAAUUUAAACGGUACCAGAGAUGCCUGCGAAGCUUCGUGUGCAGAAGCAUAUACAUUGCCACAAGGUCGUUACGCAUGUAGCAUUGGUUGUGAUUUCAUGGCCAGGCAGCGUGUUUCAGAUUUAAUAUCGCUCUUUUCUGAUGCCAUCUUUGUAGAAGAAGGAGUAGAUUCUAACAUACCUUUAAUGUCACCUGACAUGCCUGAAAAUGAUAUUCUAAGCGAUCCAGGUUUACGGAAAGAACUUUUUCCAGGGUGGUGGGAUUCAAAUGGAUUUAAAUUGCCACAAACAUAUAUUAAAACUGUUCCUUUGGAUGCUGGGACGAUAGAUUAUGGUCUACCAUCAGACUACUCUGGUGAAAACGAACAGUCAGCUUCAAUUCCUGGAUCUGAUUGGCUUCAGUGUGUCUCAAGACAUGUUGAUCUACCAGAAUGGCUUUUAGCUUCUGCUAUUGCAGCUGCAGCUCUGUUUGCAUUUUGGCUAUGUUUAUAUUCCGAAAAACCUAAAGAUUCUUACAAAGACUUGUUAAUUGAAAAAUCAGACAUUUCUCCUACAGUGGCAUUAUAUUUACCGGAAGUGCCACUGUAUAAACAACCUCCUCCAAAGUAUUCUGAGAUCGUCGAUGUACCAUAAAUUAAUAUGAAAGUUUAGCUAAUUAUUCUAAUGCCAUAACUUUUAAAUGAUCUUCAGAACUAUUUAAAUUGAAGUAUAUUAAUACAGUUUUGAAAAACUAUGUUUAUAUUAUGUAUAGUAGCAAUGAAUAUUGUAAGAUUAUUAAAAUAGUAAUUGUACUUUCAGUUUAAAAAAGAAAUCAUUCAUAGCCAUAUAUCUAAGCUUUUAAAAUAUAUACUUAAAGAUACAGCCUUAAAC